AAAACACCUGCGGAACGACAGCAAAAAUCUGAAUCAGCUUUAUUGCCAGGUUCAUUUCACCAAGCAGCACCCAGUGGAUCCAGCAGUAAUGUCCUCCAGGCCCAAUGGGAGUCCACCUCCCUAUGAGUCAGAUGGGGAAUAUAAAGCCCCCUCCCAACCGGCCUAUUCCUACUACCCAGACGACGAGUUCCAGCAUUUCUACCGCUGGGCGUCUCCGCCAGGCAUCAUCAAAAUCAUGUGCGUCAUGAUCCUCAUCAUGGCCGUGGGUAUAUUUGCUUGCGUUGCCUCCACGCUGGCCUGGGACUCUCAGGGAGUCAUGGAUAGCUUUGGGGCUGGCUCUGGGGGAGUCUACGGAAUGGGAUACAACAGCUUUGGUGGCGGCUCCAUGUACGGAGCUGGAAACAACUACGGCUACGGGACACUCGGAGGGAACUACAACGACCCCGCUAAGGCCAAAGGGUUUAUCAUUGCCAUGGCAGCCAUCGCCUUCAUCUUUUCCCUGGCCAUCUUCAUCAUCGUCGUGUCUCACCAGAGCCUAUCAUACAGCAGGAAGUUCUACCUGGCCGUGGUGAUCAGCUGCGCCAUCCUAGCAUUCCUAAUGCUAAUUGCCGCCAUAGUAUACUUGAUGGCAGUGAACCCCAUGGCUCAGUCCUAUGGAUCGGUCUACGGUGCCCAGAUUACAGGUCUAUGUGCACAGUACCAACAACCACAGCUUUCAGGAGUGUUCAUCAAUCAGUAUCUUUACCACUACUGUGUCGUGGAGCCACAAGAGGCCAUCGCUGCAGUGUUGGCCUUCCUGGUCGUCGUCGCUCUCAUCAUCAUGCUCGUCUUCGCGCUAAAGACUCGCCAGAAAAUCCAGGAGUUCGGCAAGAGCAACAUUUUGUGGAGGAAAGUGAAGGCCUUCGAGGAGCCUGAGCCGCCUCAAGAUGUAGAAGCGUGGGUGAACAAUGUGUCCACGGCCCCUGACGCCCUCCCAGUGUCAGACUACCCUGAGAAGCUGAGGGGCUCCAGGAGUUACCUGGAUGAUGAGAGCAACUAUGACAAACCUCCUUACAGCAUCACCCCACAGCCUUCAGUGGAAGAGAACCGGCCUUUGCAAAAUGGGACUCCCUACAGCCCAACCUCAGAUUUGUCCAGCUCGAGUGGAAAGCCCAAGAAGAGACGCGCAGCCCGGCCACGCCGCGCCGAUGGACAAGACUUCGAGACUGACUAUAACUCCUCUGGAGACGAGCUGGACGACGACGACUUUGACAGUGAAUUCCCUCCCAUAACAAAUGAGCAGGAGCGCACCAACUACAAGCGUGAAUUUGACCGCGAGCACCAGGAGUACAAGGACAUGCAGGCGGAGCUGGACACCAUCAACAAGAACCUGUCAGAUGUGGACAGAGAGCUGGAUGAACUGCAGGAGGGCAGCCCGGAGUACCUGGAUGCUUUGGAUGAGUACAACAGGAUAAAGGACAUGAAAAAGACUUCAGAUUAUCAGAUGAAGAAGCGCAGGUGUAAAUAUCUGAAGAACAAGCUGAACCACAUCAAGAAGAGGGUCAGCGACUAUGACCGCAAGGCCUGAACAACUCAAUGAGGAUAUUACGCCUGUCCAAAUACGUCUCAGAAAGGACUCAAUCUGGUUUGCCGCUGUUUUUUUGGGGGGGGGGGUGACAGCUGGUAGCUUGUGAAACAUUGCAAAAGUUGUUUGUCCCUAUAGGCUGUCUUGUAUUAUGCCACUGUUUAUAUUGUGUUUGUCACCUGCCGUAGAUACUGUUAUGUGUAUAUAUUUUGCCUACUGUGAUCUGAAAUUGUCCAGCAGCCACUAGAUUGUAAAGUGAAUUUACAUUUAUACACAACCCCAUUUUGUUUUUAAAUAGCUCUUUUUACUGUCUUUAAUUCUAAUUUUUAUCAUGUAAAUACAAUAUGUGGGGAAACAGAUGUUUUUAGCAGUUUGUGUAAGUAAGUUCACAUGUGUUUCUUUACUCAGGGUUGAACAAACGGACACUUUCAAAUGAUUAUGCGUGUUUAAUGCAUAGUGAUGUACCUUUUACAGUGACUUGUUAUACCUUUUUUUUUAUUAUAAUAAAUUCCUUUUAAUAGACAA